AGUCCUCUUUCCUUUCCUUCUCGUGUUUGCUUUCCAACAGAGCAGCAGAGGAAAGCAACAUACGUCCGUCCGCCAUACACAUAUCUGAGUGCGCCGACGUGCACACGUUCGCAUAAGCACACACACACACACGCACCUUCAAUCGGUUACGACCGUCUGACAGUUUUUUUUUCUUCCUAUUCGAGAGCAAUGGCGGAAGCUGCACGCACCACGCGGCACUACGUGAGCGACAGCCUGGCAGAACGGUACCCGUAUGACGCAAAGAAAGCUUUCGCGGGUGCACGGCAGAGAGACACCGGGGCCGUCUUCAGCGGCUACGACGCGCUGGGCACCACCAACUUAAUGAACAGUCUGACAGAUCCUGUCGUGGACAGCGAAGGCAAGGCAAAGGCAGCGCAUCACCUCUACAGCCGGUCUGCCUCCCAGGAGACAAAGAUAGAGAUGCUGCAGUACGGCAUCGUGCCGCUGCUGGUGGCCACGCUGAACGGGGCGUCGGAUAUGCUGUUGAUCCAUCAGUGUCUGCUGCUGCUCCGUUCCCUGGCCGUAAUCCCGCAGGGCUGUUACGCGUUGGUCUUCCAGGGCGCAAUGCCACCCACAGUUAAGGCCCUCCACACCGCCGCCCCCACCGGGGCCGCUUCUGCAACGCAAGACGAAGCUGCGAAUUGUCGCGUGGCAGCCGCACACGUCAUUUAUCAAGUCAGCAGCAACAUGUCCGGGAUGCGCUGGCUGCUGGGGCUGCCCCACGAGACUGCCGUCGCCGGUCUGAAAGCGGACUACAGUGUUGCACCUCUGCAGCCGGAAGAACUCAUGCGCGAGGUAGUCGACGUCUUGGCGGAGGACCAGGGAAGAGACUCAGGCGCCACAACUAUGGCCGGCCACCUUCUGCACGCACUGGCCCACCUGACGAGUCUUCCGCGUGGUGUAGCGGCGCUGCUCUCCUCCGCAACGGCGAUUCGCACCAUCUCGGCGUACCUCACGGAGCUUGUCUCGAGCAGCGCCUUUGCUUCUUCUUCGAUGCGAUCGGAGGUGGCACUGGGUGAGGCGGCGCUAGAAGUGAUGUGGAACGUGGGGCUGGAUCGGGCAGGUGAGGUGGCGCUCGAGGCCGCCGCCGUCCCGCCGCUUCUCUUCGACGUCUUCGCCGGCGUGUGUGGCGAUGCGAGUGCGCCUGCGGUGUCGCUGCAGCGGCAGCUGACGGGUGCCCUCUCGGCGGUCUAUCAGCUCACGUCUGUGAAGAUGGCGAGCACAAGCCCGAUGCUGCCCGCGGAGAAGGGAGGGGACAAGACGGGCACGCGUCUUGACGCCCUCCUUCAGUACCUGCGCCACUGGAACGACGUCAUUGACACGGAGUACGCGAGGCGGGGCAGGGCCGCGCCAAACGGUGUCGCGGCCAUCGUGAAGAACACCGUGCAGUGUAUUCGGCUGGCGUCCGAGGUGAGGGCGGUGCGCGACGCCACCCACGCCUUCAUCAACGAAAGGGAGCGCGUCGAUGCCACGGAGGCGUUUCAUCUGCGCCACCAACUGUACUUCCGCACCAAGUGGGAGGCGGAGUACGGCGCCAGCGUGGAAGUGUGA